CCUAACUUUAUAGCUACCCUUAAGGAACUUCUCGCUUUUAAGGCUUAUAGAGAAUUUAUAUUAAUAAAGGUUAGCUAUAGCCUCGACGCCCGUAAUUUAAAAACGACUACGACGAUAGAAGCUAACGGGUUUUUUAUUUUAAAUAUGCCGAACGUAGGCGUUAUUAAAGCUAUACUAUUAUCCUUACCGCUAGCUAAUAUAGUCCGCGUUACUAUUAUUUUUACUUAG